AUGUCAUCUCACCUCUCAGUGAGGUAUAUUCGAUUGGUGGUACUUCCACCGAUUCCAAGGGUAAACACGCCUGAUCUUUUCCAGAAAGGGUCAUCGUUGCUUGAUUCGGGUAUUGCUCCUCUGGACGCCAUUGCCAAGCUGAGAGGUGCUGAGGGGCAAACAAGCAAACCAUCUUUGAGGCCGACCAAGAAAGCAAAGGCGAGUAGUGGUGCUACUGCUAUGUCCACUCCUAAUCCUGACAUUCCACUUCUUAUUAAUGUAUCUAAGGAGUUCAGCGAUGGGCAGACUCAACGGCAACAGAGGCCAACUAAUGUUGAGGUUCCUUCGCCUCUUAUCAUUGUGACAAAAAUGUUACAAUCUUCCAAUACAUCGUCGAGGAUAACAUCAAUAUUAUCAUCAGAGAUAAUCGGAGAAUCCACCGCAGCAGCUAAAUCCACCAUUUUCUUGAUAUCAAGGCAAUCUCAAAUCUGA